UGAGCCGUUAUUUCGGAGUGGCCAACAAUGACCCUGGAACAGGCUGGUCAUGUGAUACAAAAAUGCCCAGAUAUACUGGGCAUUUUUGAAAUUCCAGAGAUAAUGAGAUGCAAAUUUGACGCUCGUCUCAAGCUUUAACAGAGACGCAUUAAUACAAGCGAGAUAGGAGAUAGCCAAAAGAUGGAUGUGUUGAAACGUUUGGAUUUUGUAUUUAAUUUGCACGAAGGUUUUCCUUCUCACUGCCUUAAGCCUAAACAAGUUCAAUGUUUUGAAGCUCUUUUAAAGGGCAGGGAUGUUGUAGCUGUCCUUCCUACGGGUUAUGGAAAGUCGUUAAUUUUUCAACUUCUUCCUGACGUUAUACCACAAAAAAGUACAAGGAAUAUCGUUAUUGUGGUGUGUCCUUUAUCUUCAAUUAUAGAAUACCAAGUGCAGUUUUUAAACAGUGUUGGUAUUUCAGCAAUGUCACUUUAUUGCAAUAAUAGUUCCACAAGCUCUUAUGAAAGUUUGUUUGCCGAAAUGAAAACUCAUGAAGAAAUCAAUAUAUCAAAAAAGGUGCAAGAAGGGGAUAUAAAUCUAUUCUUCGCUCAUCCAGAGGCAAUACUUUCCGAGCAAGGCAGAAAUUUAUUAAAGUCAACUGUGUAUCAAGAUAAUGUUGUUGGAAUUGUUAUUGACGAGACCCAUUGUGUAGAAUUUUGGUAA